AUGGCUCUUUCAUCUCUUCCAUUUGAGCUCACUAGGCUCAUCGUCGAGGAGCUUGAGUAUGAGAGUGAGAUCAAUGCCCUCGCCCGCACUGAUCGGGCCCUAUACCAGACUGUCAAUCCCAUGUUGUACAGGCACAACGUUCAGCACGAGGACAGCUCGGCCCUAGCCUGGGCGAUUGAACACGACGCUAUCGCCACGGCCCGGAAAAUUCUCGAUGCAGGC